CUGCCUGAGCCCUCCCCUUCCCCCGCAGGGCCUGGAGCGCGUCAUGCAGCAGUUGGCGGCGGAGGACGGCGAGGACGAGGAGGACGAAGGGCCCCCCGCCGGAGGGCUGUCUACAUGCCUCUCAUGUGGCCACUUCUCCAUCGUUGACGGAGAGGGCUGUUUUUACUGUGACGAGGAUGAAGAUGGUAGCUUCAGCUACGAGGACUGGGAGGCCUACAGUGAGCCCGAAGAGGAGAAGGCCCCAAGUGCGAGUGCGGAUACAUUCUGCGGCUUCAAGAAAUCCUUCCUUUGCAACUCCUCUGUGCCCACUCCUCUGGCCACGAAUGGUCAGGACUGCUCACUACUGAACUUUGCCCUGCCCCGAAAGCAGCAGCUGACGGCCGAGGAAGCCGAGAGGAAUGCGGAAGAGCUCCUGGCAGAGGAGGAGCGGGCCAAGAGGAAGGCCGAGAAGAAGAGGCUGAAGAAGAAGCGGCAAAAGGACAGGAAGAGGCAGGAGAAGCGAAACCAGGAAUUAGAAGCAAAGAGCCAAGCUCAACCAGAUGAAUCCUCAGGCGGGAAGCAGGGAGCCCCCGUAGCUGAUGUUCCAAAUGUGCCGGGGCCCGGGCCUCCAGAACGUGGCUCCUCCCAGGUCCCCAACGAGAGCCUGACCUCCCCAGGCUGCAGUACAGAGGAGGAGGUAGAGGAGGAGCUUGAUCUGACCAGCACGUUUGUCUCGAAAGCGCGCCUCAAAGUGAGCACCAGGCCCCCUCUGCCCAAAGAGAAGGCGGGGAAAGGGAGAACCGCCCAGCCGGAGAGGACAGAGCAGCCGGAGGCUCCGAAGCCUGGGCUCCAGAAGUCUCCUGUUGAGCAAAGCAUGGUUCUGGCAGACUGUGGGAACGAGACUGCCCAGCGUGGAGGCUACUGGGAGGCCGUGCUGCUCUUCACGGAGGCCGUCAAGUUGAACCCCCGGGAGUACAG